UUGGUCAGAGUAUGCUCUUACAGCCAAAUUAACAAGUUUUUGCUUCUUCCAUACUUCAAAUCUCUCCUUCGUCCCCCUCUGGUAUAUAUGUGCGUAUGAUGUGUGUAUACGCAGAGAUCUUCUCUCUCUAGGGGCUGGUGACGUUGACGUAGGGGAGAGAGAGGUGGAGAGGAGAGAGGGAGGUGCAUCUACAAUGCGAACAUGACUCAACACAGGCAAUCGGGAACGGAGAGGUACGGCGGUCGCGGCGGUUACCACCACUACUCCAACGGCGGCGCGCCGUCGGAUCACGUCGCAAUCGGGAUUCGCUCGGCCGGCGGCGGAGGCGGGAAGGCUGGCCGGUGGCGGCGAUCCGCUCGGCCGGAAAGAAGUCGCCGCCUCGGCGUGGGCUCUGUCCUGUUUGUUCUAUGUAUUGUGCUCGUUGUCACUGUAUUAGUGUACUAUUGCAUAUCCGGUUACAGCAACAAUGGCAACGAUGAUAAAGGAUUUGAUACUUACGAUGGUGAUUUUCUUAUGAACGUUACGAGAACGGACCCUUCAACGAUACUUAGAUUUGGUCAUGGUUCGGUGGCACAUGGACGAGACUCGAGAUAUUGGGAUAAGGACGACAGGAGACGAGAUGAUGAUUACAAUGAGGAUGUUGUGGAUAAGAGAUUAGCUUCCGAGAACAAAUCCAUUGACGAGGACAGGUCAGUAUCUGAAGUGAAAAAAGAUGUAUCGCGUGACAAUGCUCGGGAUUGGAGAGGGGUGGGGUUUUACAAUGAAAUCGGACGUAAUGAGCUAAAGAAGUAUGAAGCCGAGUAUCAGGCUUCUCUUGAGAAGGGAGGCCAAUCCUUAAAAGAAAAUGGCGGGCAUCAUGAUUCAUUUGAUGCUGACCCUGAAGACGAUGAUGUGAUUGAUUCUCAUGAUGUUCUAGCGGAUGAAUAUGUUGAUACUGGGCAUGAUGAGGAUGAGAAUGAAGAAUCUCAGAAAGAGAAACAGCCCAAGUUUCUUCAUUCCAAGAUCAAGCAUCAGAAAACUGAGAAGGAUGAUGAAGAAGCUGCUUCAGGAGGGUCAGAUCUGGAGUCUUCUCUUAUUAGUACAAAUAGCAAGUCUGUAAAAACAUCACGAUCUGAAAAAAGAAGAAGAUCUAGGCGUGCAUCUUGUGAGAUGAAGCUGUUAGAUUCUAGUCAACCGAUAGUAGAGCCUUUGGAAACUCGAAAAUUUGCUAGGUUCUCUUUACAGUACAUAGAGACGGAGGAGAAACCUGGUGGAGAUGAACAGUGGGAGCCUAGAUUUGCAGGUCAUCAGAGUUUAGAGGAGCGGAAAGAGUCCUUCUUGGUUCAAGACAAGAAAAUCCAUUGUGGUUUUGUCAAAGGACCCAAAGGAUCACCGAGUACUGGAUUUGACCUGUCAGAAGAUGAUGCUAACUAUAUCAGCAGAUGCCAUAUUGCUGUUAUUUCCUGCAUCUUCGGGAAUUCUGAUCGCUUGAGAGCUCCUGCCAGUAAAAUGGUAAGCCGUCUGUCAAGAAAAAAUGUUUGCUUCGUAAUGUUCGUGGAUGACAUUACAUUUCAAACACUAUCUUCAGAAGGCCAAGCCCCAGAUAGAGCAGGUUUCAUUGGUUUGUGGAAGUUAGUUGUCGUCAAGAAUCUUCCUUACACAGAUAUGCGGAGAGUAGGAAAAAUACCAAAGCUGUUGCCGCACCGACUUUUCCCAUCUGCAAGGUACUCAAUUUGGUUAGACAGCAAGUUGCGUCUCCAGUUGGACCCUCUACUCAUUCUGGAGUACUUCCUCUGGCGAAAAGGUCAUGAGUACGGAAUCUCCAAUCACUACGACCGCCAUUGCGUGUGGGAAGAGGUUGUCCAGAACAAGAAGCUGAACAAGUACAACCACACUGUCAUCGAUCAGCAGUUUGAGUUUUACAAAUCCGAUGGUCUUACCAGAUUCAACGCCUUGGAUCCCAACAAGCUUCUUCCUAGCAAUGUUCCAGAAGGUUCGUUCAUAGUACGGGCUCAUACUCCGAUGUCGAACCUCUUCUCCUGCCUUUGGUUCAAUGAAGUUGAGCGCUUCACUCCCCGAGACCAGCUGAGCUUUGCUUACUCCUACCAGAAACUUCGGAGGGUUAAUCCCGACAAACCUUUUUAUCUUCACAUGUUCAAGGACUGCGAGAGGAGGAAAAUCGCAAAGUUGUACCGUCACAGAUCAGAGGAGAAGCGAAAUCUACUACUAGCAACGACGCAAUAAACGACUUCUUGUACGUUGUACCGACCUUAUAUGUCCCUUCUGUACAUUACAGUGGCAGACCUUUACCAUUCUCUGGCGCAGUAGCGAACUGAAAGGGCCACGGGAUCGAACCACGGCUGCAGCCCCGACCAUGAGGUAUACGAAACAUAUUCCGAAUCUGAACCAUUAAUAAAGCCUUCGUAUAAGCUCUCGAUUCACCAUUUUUAUUCCAUUCAUUUCUUCUAUAUGCCCUCCUGGCUUUUUUUUUUGUCUGUAUCAUUCACCAUAAACUCAGAAAAAAGAUUAUCAGAUUGAUUA